AUGGAUAUUCAUGAUCUCCCUGAGCUUGUGUUGGUUGAAAUACUUUGUCGAGUUCCUUGCGGUAAAUUCAUUUUUCAAUGCAAGUGUGUGUGCAAGCGUUGGCUCACUCUCAUCUCUGCUCCUUAUUUUAUUGACCGCUUUUUGCGUCUCCAAAGUCAUAGGAAAACACCUACUGUACGCACUUUGAUAAGCCGCAAUGCAGAGGAAUUAUUUAACAGAGUUUCUUUGUCCGAAGUGUUAACUCCUAUGUUGAAAAGACUCGAGAGUUUCGACCAUUUGGAAACAGAGCCAGUUGUGGUAGGGGCUUACAAUGACUUGAUUUUAUGCUGUGAUAGCUUGUUUGAUCAACAAAAUUACUACAUAUGCAAUCCAUACACCACGCAAUGGGUUGCUCUUCCCCCCACCCCUACUCGAUGCUAUGACAUUGUACGAGUGGGAUUCAUCUGUGAUAGUCCCUACUAUGAGGAAGACGAUCCAAAUGGACUUGUCAUCCAGCUUAAUGCCAAGUUUAGGUGCAAGGUUGUGAGAAUUCUUCCUCCUGAUCGUCAAUUUGAAUUUGAUCAUGAUGAGCACUGCUUCAAUUUUAAUGUGGAGAUCUUCUCUUUUGAGACUGGUAAAUGGAGCGAGUUAGUUGUAUCAUCCCCACGAGGAAUUUCUUAUGAUUAUCUCGAUGCUAUGGCCUUUUCGUACAAUGGAGUGUUGUAUUGGUCGGGUCAUGAUUAUGGCUAUUUUCUGGUUCUUGGGUUGGAUCCGUUCAAUGACAAUAGCAGUACUAGCACUAGUAGUGGUUGUAGCAAUGGUGGUGAUAUUAUUGAUCAUAAAUGUCGUUUCGUGGUAUUUGCUAUGCCUGUAGCCGACCAUUUUGUAGUUGAGUGCCUAGGUGUGUGUGGAGGGUUGUUGCGGAUGUGUGACUUUGACACAGAUUCCAAAACUCUGUUUGUUUGGGAUUUGAAACGACAAGAUCAUGAUUAUAUGGUCAAGGGAGCUGGCGAAUUGUGUUUGAGUAAACACAAUGUUUAUUCCUUUGACGAAGAUAUGUAUCUGGAUGAUGCACGAGUCGUUGAGAGGCUAUCUUUCGACCCAAAUAAUGAGGAUAUUUUUUAUCUAUAUGUGGAUGCAGAUAUUAUAAUGUGCAACAUUCGUACAGGAAAGUGGUCAAAGAUGGUUGAAAAGAGGAAACUCAAUAAUUUUUAUUUCUUCCCAUUCGUACUCCCAUGGUGGCCAACACCAGUUCCUAGCUUACCACAACAUGCCCACCAGCUAGCCCAUGGUGGAGAAACUAGCAGCUAG